CACACACACACACACACACACACACCGUCCACUGCUGCCGUUCAGCCGCUGAUCACCCCGGUAAUUUCAAAAUAACCGGGACAUAUGGACGAUUUUAGAGGAAAACAUCUGGAAGUGAGUGCGAUGGCAAAGUGGACAAUACUUCUGUUUUCUUUAUACGGAGUUCUGCAUGGACAUGAGAUUCAGCUCCCUACCGCACAGGAGUGCUGUCAGGAUGGGAGGGAUUGGGGCCUGGGAGGACAAGACUGUACAAUCCUCCCCCUCAUCUCCUCCUACAGCUGCAGGAUCACACAGGAGCAGUGCUGUUCGGCAGCAUCAAGAGGCCGACUCUGUGACAAUGGCAUCGAGAUGGCCAAGGAGCAAGGGGCCUGUGAGAGGCCCUUCUUCCAAGGAGAACCCUGGGAAACCAAAAUCUCCAAGAUUUGCUGUGACUGCUGUAUGCUCGGCCUGAUGACAGCCAGUCGGGGCUCGAGCUGCGAGCUCCAGGGUUUGUUGCUGGGGUGCCAGUGUUCGACCACAGCUAAAGCCUGCUGUGGCAAAAACACAACAGCAGACACCAUACUGACUACAAAUGCACCAGUGACAGAAAAGCCUACGGUCAACGUUAUCGUCAAGCCUGAGGAGGGAUUGGACACAUGUCGAGACUCCAACUGCUCCCAGUUGUGUAAAGGUAACGGUAUGUGUGCCUGCCUUGAUGGUUAUCAACUGCAAAAGGAUGGAGUUAAAUGUGAAGAUGUUAACGAGUGCUUUACCAGCAGUCACAACUGCGUCUUAGGCCAAGUUUGCAUUAACACAGAGGGUUCCUUCCGCUGUCAGAGGGAAACCAGCUGUGGCACCGGGUAUGAACUCAAAGACGACAACGCUUGCCAAGACAUAGAUGAGUGUACUUUGGGGACACAUAACUGUGGAUCAGACUUUUCUUGCAACAACACAGCAGGCUCGUUCCGCUGCUACCCAAAGGACAGAUGCUCAGAUGGUUUCAUUCCGGAUGCCGUCGGCAGCUGUAUCGAUGUAAACGAGUGUGUGGCCCAUACCAGUCCAUGCCUGCCUGGCCAGACUUGCAUCAACACACUGGGCUCCUACACUUGUCGCAGGCACACAAUCACCUGUGGACGAGGCUAUCAUCUAACUGAGGACGGCACGCGUUGUGAAGAUGUGGACGAGUGUCGUACAGGGAACGUGUGUGGCAACCAUGGUUGUGUCAACAUGGUGGGCACGUACCGCUGUGAAUGCAGAAUUGGCUUCAUCUUCAACAGUAUCACCAAACUGUGUGACGAUAUCAAUGAGUGCAGGCAUUAUCCCGGACGACUCUGCGGCCACAAGUGUGACAACACAGAGGGGUCCUACCUGUGCAGCUGCACCACAGGCUUCAAACUGUCCCACGACGGCAGAAACUGUGAAGAUGUCAACGAGUGUGAAGCCAACCCUUGCAGCCAGGAGUGUGCAAACGUCUAUGGCUCGUACCAGUGCUACUGUCGCCGUGGUUACCAGCUGAGUGACAUCGAUGGGAUAACAUGUGAAGAUAUUGAUGAGUGUGCUCUGCCUACCGGAGGUCAUGUGUGUUCCUACCGCUGCUCAAACACCCCAGGAAGUUUUUACUGUACCUGCCCACCCACAGGCUACACACUCACAUACAAUGGACGCACAUGCCAAGACAUUGAUGAAUGUGCAGCAGGGAGCCAUACUUGUUCCUUCUCUGAAAGCUGCUUCAACAUCCAGGGAGGAUUUCGCUGUCUGUCUUUCACAUGUCUUAAAAACUUCCAGCAAGCUGCGCAGGGAUCCAAAAAAGAUGCUUCAAUCAAUUUGCGUUGUGUUAAGGCCUGCCAACCUAACGACCUCGACUGCAAUCUCAAUCCCGUCCACUUAAUCACCCACACCUCCAUCUCUCUGCCAACCUUCAGAGACUUCAGUGAAUCACAAGAAAUAGUUUUCCUGCGGACAGCUGCGGCGGCUAACCCUGCUCCUCCACAGGGUGCCACCGAUGUGUUCUUUGAGAUCCUGGUUGCAGAUGACCACUUCUCUUUUGAUGUGGUUAAGCGUUCCCACCAGGGCACGAUUAUGGGUGUGGUUCGGCAGGUGAAACCUAUCUUUGGCCCCAAGGACUUUGUGUUGGAGGUGGCUAUGAACUAUUUCAAGCCAGGGUUUACUUCCCAUCGCAACAUUGUCGUCAUCCAUAUCUUCAUCUCUGAGUUCUGGUUCUGAGCUAAGGAAUUGAACGCUACUACGUUAGCUAUUCGGCACAUAACUUGGCAAACGUUUAGAAUAUCUGACGGCGCCACACUUACUGAACAUUUAAAACCACUGCAAGAUAAGAGAAAAGAUAAAAAUGAGAUUUGGUCCAUUUGCAAGUGUUUUAGAUAUAAAUCUACUGAAAAAGUUACAAAAGCAGUUUGCAACCCAUCCAAGACAUAGCUAUUUAUAAUUUCAACAUAAUAUAUACAAAUGAAACACAAACACGUUAUCAGAUGAUACUGGACUAAGAGUCUGUGAGGCUUGACUCAGGCACAGUGUUGCUUUAAUUUAAAUGUUUUAAUGUGUAAUGUAGAAUAAUGUAUUUUAAUGUUUUAAAUAUCAGCAUGCUAACAUGCUUGCAGUGACAAUGCUAACAUGCUGAUGUUUAGCAGGUAGAAUACCAUGAUAACCCCUUUAGUUUGGUGUUUUAGCAUGCUAACAUUUGCUAAUUAGCCCUUAACACAUAGCACAGUUGAGGCUGAUUGGGAGUGGCAUCAGUGUUUGGUCAUAAACCAAAGUAUUGGACAAAAAGAAAAUUUGACCUGAUGGUGGCAUUAUAUAGAAAGUCUCCAAAGUUAUUAGGAUACAUUUUUGCGUAAACCAUGAAUGUCUAAACCAAAUUAUUACCAGUCUAUUUGAUAGUUGAGAUAUUUUAGUUGUGGUCCACUGACCAACCAACAUCAUAAAACUGUAUAGAGCCACGUCGCUAACAUGGAUAAAUGUUAUAAUUACUCAAAAAAAAUCGACUUUUCUAUCACUUGUUACCUCUAUCCCAGAUGUGUUGAAAAUAACAUGGCUUUUAUAAGAGUGGAAUAGAUUGAUGUUAUGGAUUAAAAGGGUGCUUUUAUCUCCUUAACCACUGUCUACAAUUUUAACUUUCAAUUCAGACUUUGUUGUCACAAGUGCCAUUAUGAUAGACCAUUGGCUGACAUGUUGAACUGUUUAAUAUUUGCUCCAUUUCAUCUGAAUUGUGAGACCAGAUGUGACAUGCUUCAUUUGAUAAUAAAAAGCUUCAUCUAUGGA